CAUCCACGAACACAUGCAACAAACGCUGAAGGCCACAUUCACGCGAUCAGUCAACCUCCACUGGCAUGUGAAAAGGUGAGCCUCCAUCCUCCGCUCCGCAUGUGAAACUAGUCGAAUGUGGGGGCAGAGUCCGGGGCGACUAGUCCACAUGCAUCAUGCCUCGGCUCGGCCAAAGCCCAGAUGACUUCACUCGGAGCAGAAAGGUCAGCGUCUGGCACUUCUUUCUCAUCUCCUUCCUUUCCAUAGUCCUCCCUUCUCUCUCAGAUUGUAGGACUUCCAAUAUACACAUACACAAUGACACAGGCACCGCAGAAAGCUCAGGAGCGUCUUGCUCAGAUUGGCAAUCACCUUGGUGGCAGCCCUGAUGGCUCAAGUAGUAAGAAGGGAAGGUCGAGUCUGCUUGAGAAGCACGCCGAUGAUGUCGUUGUCACCUGCGCCCUCCGCACACCCAUCACAAAGGGUGGCAAGGGUGGCUUCAAGGACACCCAAAGCGCCGACCUCCUUCACGGUGCCUUCAAGGCCCUCAUCGAGCGCUCCGGCAUCGACCCCGCGCUCGUCGAAGACAUCGCCGUCGGCACCGUCCUCGCCCCUGGCGGCGGUGCAACCGAGUUCCGCGCCGCUGCCCUUGCAGCCGGAUUCCCCGUUACCGCAGCUGUCAAGAGCUUGAACAGGCAAUGCUCGUCUGGUCUGCAGGCCUGCGUCGACAUCGCCAACGCCAUCAAGAGCGGUAUGAUUGAGAUUGGUAUUGGUGCUGGCUCGGAGAGCAUGAGCACGCAGUACGGACCGAAUGCUGUGUCGGAGCUUAGUGAGUUGCUUGAGAGCCACCAGGAGGCUAAGAACUGCAAGGUGCCCAUGGGCGUGCUGUCUGAGCAGAUGGCCAAGGACAAGAAGAUCACGCGCGCGGAUCAGGAUGCGUUUGCGGCCAAGUCGUUCCAGAAGGCUGCUGAGGCGCAGAAGCAGGGUCUGUUCGACGAGGAGAUCGCUCCUUUGACUGUCAAGUGGACCGACCCCAAGACCGAGGAGGAGAAGACUAUCACUGUCUCCAAGGACGAUGGUGUCCGCGAGGGCAUCACUGCUGAGUCUCUCGGCAAGAUCCGCGCUGCUUUCGCAAAGGACGGAUCCAUCCACGCCGGUAACGCUUCCCAGAUCUCUGACGGCGCUGCCGCCGUUCUCCUCAUGAAGCGCAGCACCGCUGAGCGCCUCGGACAGAAGAUCAUCGGCAAGUUCGUACAGGCUUCCAUCGUCGGUGUAUCUCCUCUGCUCAUGGGUGUCGGCCCUGCCGCCGCCAUCCCCGUUGUCCUCGAGAAGACUGGUCUGAACAAGGAUGAGGUUGACAUCUACGAGAUCAACGAGGCUUUCGCCAGCCAGUGUUUGUUCUGCAUCAAUGAGUUGGGUCUCGAUCAGAAGAAGAUCAACCCCAAGGGUGGCGCUAUUGCGUUUGGUCACCCGCUGGGUGUUACUGGCGCGAGGCAGGUUAGCACAUUGUUGACUGAGUUGAGGAGGACGAAGCAGCAAAUUGGUGUUACGAGUAUGUGUAUUGGGACCGGUAUGGGUAUGGCCGCUGUCUGGGUCGCCGAGUAAACACCACACACUUUAUCAAAUCAAUCAGUGUAAGAUUCGCGGUGAAGUUUCUCAUACCUGAGCUGCCACCGCGCCUUCUGUUUUUUGCACCCCUCAAUCAGGACAUCAUACAUUACAACCAAGGCAUCCAUUGAAUUCGAUGGGACACUGGAAU